UUUGUGGUUUUCUGCUUUACAGGAAGGUUGCUUACAUCGCAGGCAGAGACAUCCCAUUUAUGCUGGGGGUUGUCUGUGAAGCAGAGCAGAGAGCUAGAGAGAGAGCGACAGAGAGACAGAGUGAGAGAGAGUGAAAUCACAUGCACUCCCUAUAAUGGUUGGUUAAAAGCAGACAUAUUAACAGACGUCCUCACUAAACUGAAUAGAAACACUUUUUUGUUCUGUUUCUACUUAAAACAUUUUUAAAAUAUUUUUUUGAACCAGGAUUAUGUUUCUUACGUGUCAGUCUGAAGAUUAUUUUCUCCUGAACACCUGUUGAAGACACAGAGACAUGUUGCUCAGGAGGGGGCGCUGCAACCACAGCCUGUCUUGAAUGUGUGCAGCAGCCAACUAUGUGCUCCCAUUGAGGAGGCACAGUGAGGGCUUGGCGAAUCCUGGCAGGCUGUGUGGGGGGGUAUCGAUGCCCACCCAUGCCCCUAGAGCCCGGUCACAUGGAGCCCCCCACCCACACGACGAAGAGAUGGACUUGGCCUGGCAGGAACUGAUGGCCAUCACUGAGCUUCAGGAGUUUGAGGUCCCACAUGACAGCCCAGACGAAAAUAUUCAGUACCAUCCCAUGGAGCUGCCCAUCUCUCUGGGAGGUUAUGGCAUGGCUCAGUCUCACACAGAGCCCCUCCCGUGUGGGGGUGCGACAAAUCCUGAUGCUGCUUAUGAGGGAACCUACUCUAAAGUAAUGCCAGCUUGCCAACAUCAAGCCACCGGGGAAGCAGCAGCAGAAGCACUGUAUGGACAUUCUGGAAACCAUUCUGGAGUUCUGAACCCUAUACAGCCACCGCUGAUGAGCCUUCUAGAGCAUAUGAGUCUCCCGAGCGUCGGUGGUGAGGGGCUUGUUGGAAAUGACAAUGCUGGCCCCUCUCAGGGCCCGAGGCGGUACGUGCUAGGGACAAGUCAUGGGCAGAGCAAACACCCACCAUGCACUGUGGAUGAUCUGGAAUCUGACUCUGGCCUAUCUCUGGGUUCCAGCCCACCACUAGCCUCACCAGAUGAUGCCAUGACUGGUGUCCCUGCUUAUUCAAGCACAGAGGUUGGUCUGAACUAUAGUCACAGGGAGAUGGAGAAUAUGGGUGAGCAAGGUAGGGGAGCUAGCCUCUUUUACUCUGUGGACUAUCAGCAGCAUCCCAAUAACCCCUACCACUACUCAGGGAUGCACUCCUCUUACUUCCCUGUAACACAACCAUCCCAAAUGCAACCACAGCCUCACUUCCUGCCUCCCAUGUCAAUGAAACAUCAACAUGGUUUACCCAGUGCCUUGAACGACCGGCAUCUUAACAGCUCUGCCAUCAGAGAGAGCUCUCCCCAGGCGUUCUAUGAAAAACCCAGAGGUAACCCUCUUCCUGUCCCUCUGAGCCGGGAUGAACGCCGAGCCCUCGCCCUCAAGAUCCCUUUCCCUCUAGAGAAGAUCAUCAACCUACCUGUGGACGACUUCAACGAGCUCCUGACACAGUACACCCUCACGGACUCCCAGCUCGCCCUCGUCAGGGACAUCCGCCGGCGGGGUAAGAACAAGGUGGCAGCCCAGAAUUGCAGGAAGAGGAAGCUGGAGAACAUUGUUUACCUGGAGGGGGAGUUGGGUCAGCUGCAGGCCCAGAGGGAACAUCUGGCCAGGGAGAGGUUGGAGUUCCAACGCAACCUGACUAUUGUUAAACACCGCCUCACAGACUUGUAUGCUGAAGUCUUUUCUCAGCUCCGGGAUGAGGAUGGACAUCCCUACUCUAUAGAGGACUACUCUCUACAGCAGACCCCUGAUGGGAACGUAUACCUGGUGCCUCGUAGUAAAGUGUUGGAUGGAGAAUAAUGUAUGAAAUCUAUUGGACAGUUAUUGUGUACUGCCUCAGUUUAUAUACCAAUAUGAAAUUGUUGCUAAAUCUACAGUACAAUAAGUGCCAUUAAGGAUAUUUACAUACAAAAUCAUGGAACAGUGUAUGUAGAGAUCGGAUAAAAUGGCAGCUAAAAGGCCACCAUGUUAAACUAAUCAAUAUUUAGGGCCUUUAGACAGUAUUCAUACCCCUUGACUUAUUCCACAUGUUGUUGUUAUAGCCUGAAUUCAAAAUGGAUCAAAUAUACUGCACAAAAAUAUAAACGCUACAGUUCAUAUAAAGAAGUCAGUCAAUUGAAUUAAUAAUGCAUUAGGCCCAAAUCUAUGGAUUUCACAUGACUGGGAAUAGAUAUGCAUCUGUUGGUCACAGCUACCUUCAAUAAAAAUAGGCCUCAGGAUCUCGUCACGGUAUUUCUGUGCAUUCAAAUUGCCAUCGAUAAAAUACAAUUGUGUUCGUUUGUCCGUAGCUUAUGCUUGCCCAUACCAUAACCCCACCAUACACGAGGUCGGUGGUUGUGAGGCCGGUUGCCAAAUUCUCUAAACCGUUGGGGAAGCGGCUUAUGGUAUAGAAAUUAACAUUUAAAUUCUCUAGCAACAGCUAUGGUAGACAUUCCUGCAGUCAGCAUACCAAUUGCACGCUCCCUCAAAACUUGAGACAUCUGUGGCAUUGUGUUGUGACAAAACUGCACAUAGAGUGGCCUUUUGUCCCCAGCACAAGGUGCAUCUGUGUACAAUUCUGCAGUGUAUUGAUCAUGCCGUUUAAUCAGUUUCUUGAUAUGCCACACCUGUCAGGUGGAUGAAUUAUCUUGGCAGAGGGAAAAUUCUCACUAACAGGGACAGAAACAAAUUUGUGCACAACUGAGAGAAAUAAGCUGUUUGUGUGUAUGCGACAUUAAUGGGAUAUUUUAUUUCACCUCAGGAAAAAUGGGACCAACACUUUGCAUGUUGCGUUUAUAUUUUAGUUCAGCUACACGAAAUACCCUAAUAAUGACAGUGAAAACAUGUUUCAAGAAAUGUUUGCAAAUGAAAUGAAAAUUAAAAUAAAUCUCAUUUGCAUUAGUGUUCACACCCGAGUCAACACGAGAUAUCCCCUUUGUCAGCAAUUACAGCCGAGUCUUUCAUGGGUAAGUCUAAGAGCUUUGCACACCUGGAUUGUACAAUAUUUGCACAUUAUACUUUAAAUUCUUCAAGCUCUGUCAAGUUGGUUAUUGAGCAUUGCGUGACAGCUAUUUCCCCGUCUUGCCAGAUGUAAACCAGCUUUAAUUCAAAACUAUGCCACACUGCAACAUUCAAUGACAUCUUGGUAUAUCAUUAGUGUAUAUUUGGCCCUGUGUUUUAAGUUGUCCUGCUGAAAGGUGAAUGUGUUGCCUGGAAAGCAGACCAAGGUUUUCCUUUAGGAUUUCGCUGGUGCGUAGCUCUAUUCAUUUCUUUUUAUCCUGAAAAAUGACCUAGUCCUUGCCGAUGACAAGCAUACCCAUAACAUGCAGGCACCACCACGCUUGAAAAUAUGGUAUUGGAUUUCUCUAACAUAACGCUUUGUAUUCAGGGCAGUUAAUUUGUCACAUUUUUGUGCCUUACUGCAAAUAGGAUGCAUGUUUUGGAAAAUGUCUAUACAGGCUUCCUUUUCAGGUUAGGUUAGUAUUGUGGCGUAACUUAACUGUUGACCCCUCAGUUCUAUCACAGUCAUUAAACUGUUAAAAUCAG